AGGUACUCUUACUCACGAAACUUACUCUCUUUACUCCCUGGAUUAUUCGUGACACAAGCUGUACAGAUGUGGGGUGGCGAGGAACGGAGUGAAAAAUGGUGUCGCUGCCGGAAGCGAUCAAACGGAAGUACGGCGAUGAUGGCGGCGAAGACGGACCGCAAACCGAGAUCUUCGUGCCGCUGAAGUUCUCGUCGGUGCCGCGACCGGCGUCCGUGUUGAUUUUGAAUAAUUGCGGGAUCCAAGUUGCGGGGACGGAUGAUGAGUUGCGAGAAGCAUGUGGGGGAAUGCAGGAGCUGGACCUGGCGGACAAUCUUCUCUCUGGGUGGGAGGAGGUUGCCCGUAUUCUCCGCCAUACGCAUCGGUUGACUUUCCUGAACCUGAGCUUCAAUAAUUUGGGCGAGUUCCGGGAUGACGCCGUGAAACUGCCGCGUCUUCCUUAUCUAACCAAGCUGGUACUCAUCAGUGUUGGGGCCGAUUGGAGAAGUGUACAUCGGUUAGUCCGUUGUCUCGGACCUGAACGACUCGAGGAGCUUCACUUGAGCAUGAACAAUCUCGACAACGUCCUGGUUGACGACAUCGAAGAAUUCAAGUACGUGAGGAACUUGUACGUGUCCAAGAACCCGCUGAGCAGUGAAGGGAAUAUUCUGGAGAUCGGCACUUUGUUCCCUAAUCUCCGCUCUUUGAGCAUGGGGGACUGUCCACUGACUGGUUUGGGUGACGUGGCUGUGCUGAAAGAGCGCUUCCGGUUCCUCGAACGGCUCAACAUUGACAACUCGUGUCUGCCAACUUGGGAUGAGUUGGAGAAGCUGCGGAGUUUGGAGAGUCUUUCGGAUUUGCGCAUCAUGGGCUGUCGGGCAUUUGAGGAGUACACCGCCCACGAAAGGCGCCAACAAAUGGUGGCCAGACUGGAUAACGUGACGAGGCUGAAUGGAAGUAUUAUUUCGAGGAGUGAGCGAGAAGAUGCCGAACGAGCCUUCGUGCGGCUGUUUUUGAACAAAGAACCGGACGAGCUUCCUGCGAGGUACUUGGAAUUGGUUGCGAUCCACGGAGAGCUGAACCCUUUGAUCGACGUGGACCUGAGCCCACGAACAGAGGUCACAGUGAGCCUCGAAUGCGACGAGACCCGGGUUCUCAAGACCAUUAGCGUCUACAUGACUGUUUACGAGCUGAAACAAGUCGCCGAUUCCGUAUUCGGAGUGCCGCCGUCUCGCCAAAAGCUCUUCUACGUGGACAAAGACAUGGUCGGCGCCCACGGACCAGAAGAGAUGCGAUUCGGACAAAAGAAACUCUACAGCUAUAAUGUGCAGUCUGGGGACGAGUUCAUUGUUCAACGGAAGGUUUGAUCAUCAUCAUCAUCAUCCACCACACAAGCUGUGCCAUUUUUAAUUUCGUGUUUCCGCUGGAAUAGAAAGAAAAGCGUGUUCCUGGGGAUUUCCUUCAUUUUUUUUCAUUACUGUCUUCCGUUGAGAGACGUGAUGUGGGAAAUGUGGGUUGUAGUGAGUCUAGCUUCGCGUUUUCUUUCUUAUCCUCUACUUCUUGCUUUUAUCAUCUCCGUGACUCGACUAGGGAAAUCGAUGCUUAAGCUGGGACUCAUGCGUGAUAUGUGUAUCGUGUAUGUUUGUUCUGUCACCGAUUUUGUUCUUCUGACACCUUUCCCAGGUUAAGAAAUAUUUAAUUUGGAGAACGCGACAUUUUCUGGGAACAAUGAGAAAGAAAUGACCGUGCUUUUUGUCGGAAUGUUCAAAAGCGAUUAUAUCCGAAUGGUAUUGUUUUCGUGAUGCCUUGGAUCUUCCUGCGAGCUUCAGGAAGUUGUGACCGUGGUUCGAGGAUUUUUUUUCUAUGUGAGGUUUUGAGGAUAUUUGAAUGCAAAGGCCUUCUUCAUCAAGAAUUUAUGAUCUUAAGUAAUGGAUGAAAUUCGUCGAAUCGGAUAAAUUUCGAAGAAUGAUCGGACGGCUGGAAAAAGGAAGUCCAAGAGGUCACUGUGCAUGGAGACAUAUGUAAUCUUUGAGUUUUGGUUUCAUUUAUCGUUAAGAAAAUUGAGUUUUUAGCUGGUUUACUGCUGGGGAAAGUCUGACGAAGUUUUCUCUUUAUUCCACUGAACUGACGUAUUUUUCUACCUGAAGUUUAUCUCAAGAGCAGUCGCGGUACAAGUUCCAAUUUAUACUGAGUCAUUUUAAGUUUCCCCUGUUCUUGAAUUCCUUUGAAAGUUUUUAAAAAUUCCGAGGACCAAUUCUUGGCAGUCUCCUUGCUUCGAAUAAUUUUUUUUAAUGCAACGUGGUCUCUUUAAAUUGAUAUUUUAUUGACUUAUGCUUUUCCGCAAAAAUUUUAAAAACUGUAGAAAAAUACCGGCCUUUUCAUUGCGCAGUUAUUUCUUUGACACUUUUUUUUGUAUGACGGUUACGUAUAUUGUGGUUACUAAUUUCGAAGCAUAAAUUCUAUGUAUUAAAUAGAGAUCUUGGAUAUUUCUUGAGUAGGGCGUUUUGCGCUACGGGUAAUAAUCGUUCUUGAGUUCAUUUCGAAAAAUCGAAGAUUGUGAUUCUGUGUAGCUUAAGAGCCGUGGUUUCAGUGUUAGUGGUCCACAGCUUUCAUUUCAACAGCUGUACCCAUCGAAGUUGAAGUGGAGGAAAGUAAAGUGAUUACAUCUGUGUUUAUGGGGGAAAAAAGCCAUUUUUGUGAAUGGUUGCUAGUGUGUGAGUUUGAAAAAAUCCGUUCCUUGAGACGUGGAGGUUGUAUCAUUUACGUGCGGUACUUUCUCACUUGGAACUCUGCUUUUAUUUACUCCUGCUGAGCAGUUCAACUUGCUUGUUUUGGCAUCACUGUGCUGAAGGGCUCAUGGAUCCUCUUUGAAUUUUAAAACAGGAUUUGGAAAGAUUGCGAAAAAAAUUGAGAAAAGCUCCUGGAAAAUUUGAAAUAGGAUCUUUUGAUGGAUUUUUUGAAAAUUCGGAAGUAAGACCUGGAGAGAUUUGUGUUUCGUCCCUGGUGUAGGAGCUUUAUUUGCGUGGGAUUUAUUGGUCGGUUGUGCUAGUAAACGAGUAUUUGAUGUAACAUACAUGUAUUGGGAAAAGCUGGGUUUGAAAAAAAAAAAAAAAACAGAAAGAAUGUUUUAGUGAAUUUACGAUACUUGGUGUUAGCUGGUAUGAAUAAAACGUGCACAAGCCAGAAAAAAUGCGAGAGAGUCUUCUUGCAAAUUUCCAGGAAAUCAAUGAAAUUUUGCGAGGACACGUGUCCUGCUUGUGGGAUCACUGUGAUCCUUCGAUUUGAUUUCUACGAGUUUUUCCCCUCUUUGUACAGUGAUGCCAAAGGAGUUGAUGUUCGCGACAGAAACUUUUUGAAAUGUACUGAAGAUGUGGAAUUCGUUGAUUGCUGUUGUAAUGUCAAGACCAAGGCAGCCAUGAUGAAGUCGAGAAAACUUUUCUCACAUCGUGUACCUGGAUCCAUUUACGGAUUGUAUCAUUUCAUGGGGAUUUUUUUAUUAUCGGCCCGAUUGUCGGGCGUCUUACGGAACAAAAUGGUGUUUUUUCCCCGCUAGGCUUUAGGGAGUGUUGUGGAAGGAACUAACUCGGAUGUUUUUUUUUUUCGGUGUGAGAAGAUUUUUAGGAAUUUUAACGGUGUGCGUUCUUUCGCAUUUUUAUGGUCCCUAUGCAGGGCAUCUCACUCCUUUCUCCUGUGGUGAUACGCGGGAAACGUGCGUGUUAGUCUGGUGUGGUGGGACGAUAAAUUGUUCAGAACGGAUUAUUUCGGAUGCCAAAUAUAUCUCGUUUUAUCUGUGACACCGGCUGCAAUUUUCGAGAUAUAUUUUAGAAAGAAAGA